UAGUUUCUGAAACAAAAUUCGAAUCUGAUUUUAGUUUCAUUUCAAUACAGUCAAGUCUACUGUCAUUAAAUUUAACUGAAACUUUUUCAAAACAUCCAAGUCAUAUACAAUGCUGCCACAAUCCGAAUGUUUUCUAAAUAUUACCCAAGAAUUUUUGGUUUGCACAACAGUCCACAAAGCCAAAAAUCUACCAGUUUUCAAUGCAGAUACUUUUGUGAGAGUUAGUUUGGAUAAAAAGUCAAAAUGUACAAAAGUAUUUCAAAACUCUGAGAAUCCUUACUACAACGAAUACUUUGUCUUCGAGCUUUCUUGUACCUUAGCAGAGUUACUUCGAUUGACAGUUCUCUAUGAAAUCAAGAAAAAGAGUUGUAAGACUCAAGUGACUUUAGGUGAGUUACUGAUUGAUUUGUACACCGUUUGGAAUCAACCACAGAAAUGUUUUGUCAAAAAAUGGGGCAAACUUGAGAAUUCAAUUGGAAGUAAAGGAGAAGCUAAGGGUCAUCUUCAAAUCGAUUUAGCAAUUGUUUCAUCGAAUCAGAUGCCUAGUUUACCGAUCAAUGAGUCUGCUAAUUGUGAUGAUAUUGAAAGUAAUCUACUCCAGACCUUGGAAACGUCUUCUUUCAACAUAAAAUAUAGCAUGUAUUUUUUCAAAGGUGUCUUCGUAAAGAAAGCCGAUUAUAUGAUCCAAGUCUCUCUUGCUGGCAUGAAUGGUAAAACCAGUAUAUCUAAGGGAAGUGGAUUUCCGGAGUGGAACCAGGAAAUACAAUUCAAUUGGACAUAUCCUUCUUUAGCUCAAACAUUUCUCAUACAAAUUUUGGCCCAUGAACAUAUGCAAUGGAAAUCAAUUGCUGAAUCAGAGAUUUUUAUUGAUGAAAUAAACUUUAAAGAUGAUCCAAGUCUUGGACCGACUUUUAUACAUUUUUAUGAUAACAAUGCGUAUGUUGGUAGACUUCUGAUGCAAAUUAAAUCAGAAAAAUUAAAUCCAACAAAAGAAGCAAUAAACAGAGCAAUUCAGAUAAAACCAACUCAGCCACUGGUAGCAAAUUCUUGGUGGGCGGAUGAGAAUUUUUUUGUAGAAUUUCUUGUGUGGCAGGGGGAGUUUAUUCAUGCAAAUGCCAGUAAUAUGAAGAUUUUAUUUAAGUUGGGAGAAUUUACAUCCGAUAAUGUUGAAUGUUUUUUGAAGAACUAUCAUGGUCCAUCAACUUCUUUGAAACAUUUUACACAAUCUCCCCCCUACAAGGCUAUUCAUAUAAAAUGUUCCUUACCGGACAAUCGUUUAAAAUAUGAAUGCGACAACUUUAUGAUAACACUCUUUGAACAAAUGAAUACUGAAAUGGAAAAUUUUAAACUUCUUCAACUAAAGUAUCCUCAAAAUGAUUUGAUGCACUGCAAGUGCCUCAAAGCUAUCAUUGUUUCGAUCUUAAGUAAAAUUCAUCAUGAACUCCAAUUGAACUCUCAUUCUUGCUUCCAGUACAAUGGCUUUAAGCAACAAACUGUAUGGGAUGAAAAUCGUUUGGCAUAUCUAAGGGAAUUUUUUGGAAAAUUGUCAAUUUCUUUGAAGGAUCUUCGUCAAUAUUUAAAAACUAUACAGCAUGACUCUGAAUAUUCAUCAUGUUGUGAUAAAGUUUUUGAAGAACUUCAACAACUAAAAGGACAAAUCAAAUCAAUUAUGCAAACACGAAUUCAGGAUGAAUGGCCGGAAUUGCAUUUGCUUAUGUGUUUGGGUAGUGGCAGUAAGAAUGCAUGUAAGGAAAUUGGAAUAUGUAAACUGGAGUCGAGGUAUUUUGUUCAUUCGCAACGAUUAGAGUGUAAAGGACCUGGCUGUGGGGUUCCAAGGAAUUUUGUAUUUAAAGACCCAACUUGUACACAUACUUGCAAUGAUUGUGGUUGUGUAAGUGGAUUCGUUUAUGGAUGGAUUCGAAUUGCCACUGAAGCUGAACUAAAAGAAUUAGUUGAUGACGAAGACUGGAUACAAAAAGAGCGAUUUUACUACCAACCAAAAAUAGGACCAAGUUCCUACAUUUGCCGAACUUAUGUCCAUCAAGCUAAGAUUCACCCUGGAGCUGAUAAAACAGGAUUGUGUGAUGCAAAGCUUCAAUUAUAUAGCGGUGAUGAAAUUGUAGAAACCCCAACAAUCUUCACAUCCUUGUCUCCAGUUUGGAACAGUUCGGUAACUUUUGCAGUCAGAAAACUUCCAGGCCCUGUAAAAUGGUACGAAAAUCAUCCACCAAUUCUGGCCAUACAAGUUUUUGACACUGACAAGAAUAAACAGAGUGACUACCUAGGUUCAGGACUUUUUGAGUUAUCGGUAAAAAGUUGUUCCAUUCGAAAAGAAUCAAUUGGACAAAUCUGGGACAACUCAUCCCAAAAAAUAAAACCUGAAGAAAUUUAUAGAAAUCAUCCAAUUUUAUACUUGAAAAGAUUCACGAAGACCAAAACGAUUUUAAAAGAGUUUAGGGAAAUGAAGUAUCAAUCCCCUCCAUCGUUAAAAUGGGUCCCAAUAUCGAAUAUGGGUGCAAAAAGAGUUGAAGUUUUGAUAUCUGGGGAAUUAUUACAAAUCAGAGAUGAAGAGUCUCCUGAUGGAACGAAAGCAUUUCUGACUCAAGGACUUCCUUUAGAAAUACAACCAAUCAUGUCAAAAUAUCUUUUGGAAGUGACAUUCAUAGGACUGAGAAACUGUCAAAAACUAAGUUGUUCCAGUUUAGGGAGGUACAAAAUUUGUGUUCUUAUGGGUGAACUUCUGGUUAAAAGCGGAGUUUCUGGGGCAAGAAUGAAAAAUAGUAUAAAUUUCUUGGAGAGUUAUGCAGCAGGAGUUGUGAAUCUUCCUGAACAAAUCGAGUACUGGCCAGCAAUAAUUGCUACGCAUAUCGAUUGUCCUGGAAGUGGGCGAGAAGUGACACUUGGAGCAGCAAUGAUAUCAAAUCCAAGAAAGUACCUUAGAAGUCAGAUGGCUCUUUGUGAUUUGGAUGAACUUGAUGAGUCGAUUAUUGUUCAAAUGGGUGAAGGUGACGAAGAGAGUUUACCCCUUUUACCGAAGAAAUCAAUUUUGAAGAAGAGUUUCGCGAAUCGGGUCCAGAAUUGGGUCACUCAAGUCUUUCCAAAGAAGGAAACUUUCAAACCUAGUCAAUCCCCUCGAUCUCGAAUUGAUGAAUCUGAAUUUAAUUGGUGGACAAAAUUUUACAAUUCUAUGUACUUGCAAACACAAAACCAAGAUUCCACAAUCAAACACAAACUUGUGAUUUAUGACUCCGAACUAGAAAAACAACCAGAAUUUAGUUACCUUUCCGAUUGGGCUGAGUCUUUUAAUUUAGUUCAUGGAGUAAAGAUUAAGAAGAAUAAACCACCAAAAGAACAAGUUUAUGCUAAUUUGAAAAUGCAUCUGAAACUAUCACCAUGUCAGUGUAAUAAUGCAAGUUCUGUUACACUUAAUUCAUCAAUUACAAGCAAAAUGUCUUUAAAAUUUCAAUCACUUACCAACUUGAAUGAACAAACUAAGAUUAUUGUGAGGGUAUAUUUGGUGCAAGGUUUACAAUUUCGUUCACAUGAUACUCAUAGUCAAGCGGAUUCUUAUGUCAAAUUACAAUUGGGAUCAAAUACAAUUUCGGAUCGAGCAAAUUAUAUACCAAAUCAGUCGAAUCCAAUAUUUGGGAGGAGAUUUCAAAUGGAAGCUGUAAUACCGAGAGAACACAUCCUACAGAUUUCCGUACUUGACCGUGGAAGUAUUAAUGAUGAUUUAAUUGGAUCUACAUUUAUUGAUUUGGAGGACCGCUUGCGAAGUAAACAUCGAGCAACUGUUGGUAUAUCAAAUGAGUUCAAUAGGUCAGGAUAUAAUAUGUGGAGAGAUGCCAUGACACCUUAUGAGUUGCUAAGAGAUAUUUGUAAAAAGUAUAACUUGGGUACUCCCAUAUUUUCAAGGAAUUCAGUUGAACUUGAUGGAGUUACUUUCGAGGAUACAACGGAAAUAUCAAUUGAUGAAGACCUUCAAGAACGUUUAAGUUUGAGUGUCUUAAAAAAUAUACAAGAACUGCUGUCUUUCGGCAAACGCCUUGUUCCAGAGCAUGUUGAAACACGGUCUUUAUAUCGAAAUGAUAGACCAGGAGUUGAACAAGGAAAACUUCAACUAUGGCUGGAAAUAUUCGACUCAGAAAAUAUUCCACCUCCAAUCGAUAUAACUCCAACUCCAGCUACAAUUUACGAACUAAGAAUUAUAAUUUACAACUGUUCAGAUGUAAUUUUUAAUGAGAAAAAUGUUUUUGGAACCAAAAUGAGUGAUAUCUAUAUCAAAGCAUGGUGUGAGGAUUCUGAGGCAUCACAAUCAACAGACGUUCACUAUCGUUCAUUGACGGGUGAGGGUAAUUUUAAUUGGCGAAUGAUAUUUCCAAUUAAAUAUUCCACUGUCGAAGACAUGAUGAUCAUCAAACGGAAGGGUGGUCUGCUUGAACAAUAUGAGACAAAGCAACCACCCAUUGUGUAUUUACAAAUUUGGGAGAAUGAUUCAUUUUCCGCUGAUGAUUUUAUGGGGGCAAUGGAAAUAUGUUUAUCAAAUUUCCCACAACCUUUUGACAGCAAAAAAUCAUGCACUGAAAGUCAAGUGAGGAAGAAAAGAAAGUCAAUGAACUUGUUUCGAGAGAAAACCAUAAAAGGAUGGUUUCCAUGUAAUGGUCCUUCGGAAGAAGGAGGAAAUGCUAGAAUUGCUGGUAAACUUGAAAUUGAGUUGGUAAUUCUGACUGAAAGUGAAGCUGCAGCAAAUCCUGCAGGACUUGGUAGAAAUCCACCAAAUGCCUUAGCAGCUCCUGUUCGACCAGAAACAUCAUUUAAUCCAAUGACGAAUCCAUUGAAAGCUGUCAAGCAUAUUUUGGGACCUGUGAUGAAAAAGUGUUUGUGUUACAUCCUAAUUAUUGUGGGAGUUUUUAUUGUGCUCAUUUUACUUGUGGAAGAUUUGCCACAUAUUUUGAUGAAUCUGAUUCCAGACAUGUAGAUAUUUAUUUUUGUUAUUUUUUCUCAAUGAUUUGUUUUUAUUUAUUAUUAUAUUACAUGUAAACAAUUACAUAUAUAAAUAUAAUGCUAAACAAUCUUGUCUGUAGUCAUUACAGAAAGAAAAAUAGUUGAAACUGACAACAA